AUGACCGCUGAGAAGCUAUUGGAGCCGGGAGGAGACCACAGCGAGCUUAAACCUCGUCCGUGGUCUCCUCCGGUCAAACCCGCGCCAGCGAACUGGCCGUCUACCAGGAAGAGCAGCAAUGCUCGGAAGCGACCGAGAACGUCGUCGGCACUGUCAUCCUCGUCUGCUGUCACGACUUCUCCAUCGUCUACUUUUCUCCCGCCACACCCUCCAUACAGCAACAACUACAUCAACGAGGACGUGGCAGCAGAUGCCGCGGACCUCGGCCGCACUCGACCGCCAAUGGACAGCCCGUCCAGGCUGAGGAACAAGGCAUCGCCAGAAACAGGCAACGUUCGCCCGUCUCAGCUUCCUCUUCUACAUGGUGGUGGAAGCAACAACGGGAGCAGCUGCAGCGGCACGGGGGACAACAGCGACGCCCACCUCAGCAAGUCGGCGAAGCUGUUGGAGGAGGACCGUAAGAAAGUGGCCAGCAUCCGAUCUUUCUUGCUGAAUUUCCUGGAGGGGAGAGACUGCUCCAUCAAAAAGCGGUUGGAUCUGUAUGUGCACCAGACGGAAACUGGACGGCCGGUUACCGAUGCAGUUGUCCAAGAAGUUUGCAAACUCCGACCUGAAAUGAUCGGGCUCAGCUUACGUAAUUGCAUCGAGGUGACCGAUGUAGGGAUGUGGUGCAUUGCGAGGCACACGACGGCUUUGCGAGAGCUCAACGUCGGCGGAUGUCACAGCGUAACAAACAUCGGGUUGAGGUCGCUGGCCAUUUGCUGCGACAACAUGGAGCAGCUAGAUUUCACGUCCUGCACCCGCCUGACAGACUUGGGUCUUCGAGUAAUUGGCGGCGGUUGUUGGAGCUUGAAGUCGCUGUCGCUUGAGGGCUGCUCGCACGUGAGCGAUACUGGGGUAGCGGAGAUAGCCAAGUUGUCGACGGGGCUAACCUAUCUUAACAUCAGCCGCUGCGAGCGUGUGGGCGAAUACGGCGAUCGGGCCUUGAUACAGCUAGGUCGGAGCUGUCACCAGCUUACGGGUCUCGACGCCUUCGGGUGCUCCCACGCACAGGUUUGGCUGCUUCACGUUGGUGUCAUCACUCUUGACCCUGGGCUCCUCUCCGUGGCUCGCGGCUGCCCCAAGCUGGAGAAACUCAUGCUGACGGGAUGCGGAGGAAUCACCGGCAAGAGCGUUCGUGCCUUGGCCCGUGGGUGCUCUAAGCUUCGGGACCUCAGCCUCUCGGGCUGUGGUGGGGUAGGCAACGGCGAUCUCAAGGAGCUGGCACGAGGGUGCACGAGCUUGCGGCACCUCAACAUCGCGCAGUGCCGGCAGGUUAACGCCCACGGACUGGCUGCUCUUGCGCGGGGGCUGAAGAACCUCACCGAGCUCGACGUAGGCGGCUGCGAGAAAGUCGACGACUCCGCCCUCCGCGCUCUUUGCAGCAUGAACGCGCAGUUCUUGAACCUCUCCGGGUGCUCGGCGAUAACCGAGAUGGGUGUCACCGGUAUCGCCAUGAACUGCACCGCGCUGUCCAGCCUCAACGUUACCGGGUGCCCGGGGAUAGGGAGGCGUUUCAUGGCCGAGCUUUGCCACAGCAUGAAGCUGUCCGAACCGGCCCAGGCAUUUUUUGGGUUUCAGCCUCGCAAGAACGCAAAAGAGUUGCUGGCCAAGAAGGAGGCCACCAACAGGCGGAUAAUCGCCGCAAUAGUGGUACAAUCGCUGAUGCGGGGGCGCCUUGCCCGUGGGCGAUCCAGCAUCGUUCGAAGGAAUUGGAUAAUUAAAACGCGACUAGCUAUUGCGCAGGCCAUCAUCCGAGGCUACUUCGUCCGCAAGUGGUAUCGUGCUUGGAGAGCCCAGGUUCGAGAGCAACGGGCGGCGGCAGCCAUCCAGGCAACUUGGCGGAUGCUAGGCGAUCGCCGUACAACGGAACGACUCAGGAGGGAAAAGCUGUUCCGAGAACGGGGACAGUCGUUGGCCACGAGGAUCCAGGCUGGGUGGUGGGGAUACAGAGGUCGCGUCCGCAUGGUAGAGGUGAGGGCUAUACGAGCCAGGCGACUACUUUUGGAGGCUCGAACACAGGCUCGACGAGAGCUUGCUGCCAUAGUCAUCCAGAGCAAUCUCAGGCGCUUGUUCGCGCAAAAGGAGCUGCUGGAGCUGCGAAGGCUCCGGGACGAGGCGUUAGAGCGCGAGAGGAGGAACCAGGCCGCCGCCGUGCUGAUCCAGAGCCUCGCAAGGAUGCGCCAGGGGCGGGCCGUCCUGGCGGCGCUGAAGGCAAGGAGGGACCUGAAGAUCCUCGAGUGGGAGAUGGCACUGAAGGUUCAGGCCGCCUGGCGAGGAAGAGUAGCCAAGAUGAUGGUCAUGACCAUGCGGAUCCUCAGGGAACAAGCUCGGCAAAACGCGGCUGCAAUCACGAUCCAGUCCUUCUGGCGUGCGGUGCGAGCCAGGCACCUCGCCACCAUCCAGAGAGCCUUGUUCAAGAUCAGGCAGAUGCAGGACGGAGCAUCGAAAGAGAUCCAGCGUAUUUAUCGAGGGUUCAAGGGGAGGCUACGCGCCAAGGCUCGGAGGAAGGUGUUCGAGUCGGACCUCGGCAGGGAGGCGGCUGCAAUGAACAUCGAAAGGGUUUUCCGCGGACAUAAGGGAAGGGAAAGGUUCGAGUGCAAGCAGCACCUACGGGCUCUCGAGAGCAAGGCGCGCCCGCUCUUGCUAAAGCUGGACGAGCUCACCCAAAACGCCGCGAAGCUGUCCGAACGCCAACGGUUCGUGGUCACGGCUGUCGAACCCCUUCGAGCAGAGCACGUUACCAUCCGCGAGGAACUGUUCCACAUCCGGCACACCACGGACAAGUACACCGACAGCGACAAGAUUAACGGGUGCCGUCAGCGCUUUUUGACCAAGUUCUUGCAAGUGCGGCUGGUGGAGUUGAAGGCAAACGUCGAGGAACGUCUGGAGAAGCUCGACGCCGAAACGAUUGAGAUUGAGGUGAAGGAAAGACACAACACUCGCGUUCUUCGGCAAACGGAGAGAGAACUCAUCCCGCUGGGGAAGGGCACCGUGGAGAAGGUCAAGCUGCUGCGCACGGCGAGGCUACGGAAGAAGGCUCGGUCCGAACGGAGCGGGUCGAUCACCAUCCAGAGGAUCUUCCGAGGGUGGAGAGUCAGGAGAGCGAUCAACUCGUGGUAUCGGGACUACUGGAUUGAAUCCGAGGACGCUGCCACGGGCGACGUGUACUACGUCAACACCUGGAAUCAAGAGAUCCGCUGGGUAAAGCCUCUCGAGAUUUCCCUCUUCGAGGAAAGCAGCGGUGGUGGUGCCACGAACAGACCGGGCACCGCCAACUCCUCGAAGGACUCCGACGCGGACGAAGAGCUUGGAGUCGACACCGUCAGCAGCAGGUUCCGGAAGCGCUUGGUGGAGCUCACCGGCGAGGCCACCCGCGCUGCGGAGGAAGAGGAGCGGUUUCUCCGGCACGUGGUCGCCAACAUUGCCACCAUCAGCGCCAGCUACAGCAUCACCAAGUCAAACGGCGGCGACGAGAAGGGCGUCGAGAGCGCUGCGGACCAAACCUUGCUCGCUCUGGCGGCUGCGAGGGAGUGGGGGUUCGUGAGCACGGACAGCCGGUUCUCGCUCCCGUCUCCUGGCACCACGAAGAACAAGUGCUGGUACCGCGCGAAGACCUCAGAGUAUUUCUGGGGGGGCAAUCCGCCGCUGUUGGGACUACUCCCAUGCUUUCCUGAGAACAUGGGAUCCAACGAGGGGAACCCGGGUUCAUUCGCGGGGGGGUCUGGUGGUGGCGGAAGCGUGGGCACGCACAGCACACUUGGCAACGAAGGCGUUGCUGCCGGGGGCACUGCCGAAGGUGGUGCUGGGUCACCAGAUGGCGUAGCUGUAGUUCAUCCGGAGCUGGGGUUGGUCUUCGUCGACCGCGCCUCCGGAGAAGCCUGGCUGAAGACGCAGGACUUGGGCCUGCUGCUGAACAGGUCAGAAAAGGUCUGCGACAUCGGGCGAGCAGGCUGGUGCCAGCUGAAGGCAGCAGUGCCUACUGAGGCAGCUUUUGCUGCCGUAGCAGAAGAUGGUUUCGUUCGAGGGGGUGGUAGUGCCUGUAAAGAAGGCGGCACCGUGAAAGGACCAUCAGGGGAUAGUCCGCGAGCGGCCACGCCCGCCGCCGCUGCGGAAGUGGACGGCACAGCCACGGCGGGGGAGGUAGUGCCGGAUGCUUCACGUAGUGGCGGAUCAUCCACGUCCCGUCCCUUGUUCACGUUCUUCCACCACGCCCAAAUGGGGGAAGCGCGGUGGUGUCUCUCUCCUCGGUCUGCGCUGUUGGCGACCCCACGGACCCCGCGAAGGGAGGCCUCCCAGGCUCGACUAGCAGCAGCUGGCGCGCAAGGUUGGGACUCAGAGAACACAUCUGGUGUAGGUGGCAACGACGAACAGUCAUUUGCCGCGACCGAUUUGGGAGCCUCGGCCUUGACGACGGGCCACAGCAACGACGAAUCCGGGGAUGGCUGGGAGGUGGUGGAGGAUGCGGACAUGGUUUUUUACUACAAUCAGAGGCUGGGGAUUAGCACCUGGGAGCCUCCACCUGGCUGGGCGCAGGGCGGCAGCCAAGGGAUAUACGGGGCGGGGGGGUAG